AUGGCGGAACUGAAGAAAGGACAUCGAGUGUUUUCGGGUCAGCUUAUCGCAGUAUUUGCUGUUGUUGAAUCCAGCUAUACUUUACACACUACUAUGAGCGUCGCCCAACCUCUCCUGGACACCAUCGAACCCGACGAGCCCUUGGAGUCCUCUGUCAACACGAAAGGCCCCGCAACCGCGCCAGUUGUCCUAACACCAACACAUGCCACCCAGAAUGACCCAGAAUCAGGCAUUGUGGGGAUAUUUCGACAGUCGGCCCAUCCCACGGCUCUCUUCUUCUUAUACCUGUUCCGCAUAGCAGCUAUAGCCGUUUAUAUUCUAUGUGGAUGGUUUACAGACAACUAUGUUCUUUCGACCGUCGCUGUGGUAGUCCUCUUAGCUAUGGACUUUUGGAAUUGCCGAAACGUUUCAGGACGAACACUGGUUGGACUUCGCUUCUGGAAUCAAGUCGAUGAAGAUGGCGAGAGUUAUUGGGUAUUUGAAAGUCGAGACCCAUCGCGGCCAGCCAAUCCCAUUGAUUCCAAGAUGUUUUGGAUAGCACUUUACGUGUUUCCUCUCCUUUGGUCGGUGCUACUCAUCGUCUCUCUUCUGAAACUGGGGUUUGCAUUUAUCCCCAUCGUCGUCCUUGCGCUUGUGUUCAAUAUUACCAACGUUAUUGGUUUCACCUAUGCUGACCGAGACGCCAAGCAAAAAUGGGCUACGAGCGUUGCUGGAUCUGCAUGGGGAAUGGGACUGGGUGGAAUUGGUGGGCAAAUUCUGACUGGUGCAGUCAAGAAAGGAGUAGGAAGAGUAUUCGGUUAG